CGAGAAGAAGUGAAUUAAGGCGAAUCCUUUUGGCAACAUGAGUUUACCUUAGUCACGCGACAGCUUAUGGCCAGUUCGACGGAAUCUGUACGUUCAGUACGAACAGCGGAAAGGCCUCGAAGAAGUUGGUCAGUGUUCCUGUAUCCUGUGAGAGGUGGUGAAACAUGAGUAACUUUUUCAUCUACAUUGCUGUAACAAUCGGUGUUGCAGGACUGUGUAAUGGAGGUUGUCCUGAAGUGAAACUCAAGGAAAAUUUUUCUCCAGACAAGUACCUCGGUAAUUGGUAUGAAAUUCAGUCACAGCCAAGCAUAUUCCAGACCAUUAAGUCUUGUAUGUCUAGUUCUUAUAAAAUGGUUGGAGACGAGAUACAAGUUUCCUCCAAAGGCCUUGACAGUUCAGGAUCACCUGCAACUAACACAGCUACCUUGUCCAUUGACCCCAAAAACCCUGCUCAUAUGACAACAGAUUUCGUUCCUGGGAUUUCUCCUCCUUAUGACAUUGUGGAUACAGACUAUGACACCUUCUCUUGUAUCCACUCGUGUGUUAGCAUAAUGGGAAUGAAAACCGAAUUUGUCUUCAUCUACUCUCGCAACCGAACCCUAAAUCCAGAAUCUGUAAAACACUGUCGUAGCAUUUUCGAGAGUUAUGGCAUAGAUACUAGUGGGCUUGUCGAUGUAGUACAAACUAACUGCCACGAUCAUUCAGAUUUGUGAUUAUUCAAACAAAGACAAUUCAUUAUACCAACUUCAUUAGGGUUUACAACCCAAGCAGACUGAGAGUGAAAAUCAGUAUCAACCAAAUUAUCAAGAAUCAAUAAAAUACUACAUACA